AUGGUCUUCUUCCGUGCCAUCACAACACCGCUCUUCUCUUCGGCCUGGGCUCCCUCUAGUGAUGGUACCUAUGCUGGCACCUGCAUCUUCCUGAUCGCCUUCGCUGUCAUCCACCAGAUACUCAACGCCGUCAAGCGCACAAUUUUUAGUACUACCGAUGCAGUUGUGCUGCCGAGGGAUUCGUAUAACCCCAACAUGUCAGUGACAGAACGCCUGCGAGAACAAUUAGCCAACCAUCCUUUCCGCAUGGCCACCGAGACGAGCCGCGCCCUGUUCCAAGUCUUGACCAGUGGAAUUGGUUAUCUGCUUAUGAUCGCCGUCAUGACAAUGAACGUCGGGUACUUUCUUUCAGUCCUGGGAGGCAUUUUUCUGGGGACUUUGAUUGCUGGUCGCUUCGGAUCUGAUGGUGCUUCUGGACACUGA